AUGUGCACUAACUUCCUCCCUCACCUCGUCCUUACAAACAUCACUCGCACUCGCACUCGUUACGUCGUCUCGACUAGUGUCACUCAAACCGACACCUGUAUCACCACAACUCUUUCCUCACGGCAUAUCGUGUUCUCUCCUCCUUGCGCCGAACUCAAGUUCAGCGUCUCUACAAAGCCUGAUAUUUUGCAGCUGCAAGUUUCGGUGUACAUAAUCUCCCAUACACUGAGACAAGCCAGGCGUUCGACUCCACUGAUAGCUAAGGUUGGCCGACGUUCUGGGUACCACUUGCUCAGACUGGAGUUCGGUGGUACUGUGGUGGCGUACAAGGAGGAAGCAGGCAGCUGGUGCAACAACUCCUGUGCGCCUUCCUUGCUCACCGCGGUUUGGACUUUUAAGUUUACUUUCCUCACUAAAGUUUGGCCCACACUAUCGGUCGGAAUUGUUUUAGAGCAAUACACCAUUGAUAAAAUAGAAACAACAAAUAACGCAAAUUUCAGAGUGUUUCAUGACGUUCAGGAGGUUACGGAACACGACUCCAGCCCUGGGAAGGUCGAUGUUUGGAACUUGCCAACCGGGACCGCGGGACGUAACGCUCCGAAUUUUUUGAAUCGCGGAGGCUGA